AUGCCGAGGAAUCAGGGCUUCUCCGACCCCGAGUACUCGGCCGAGUACUCCGCGGAGUACUCCGUCAGCCUGCCCUCCGACGCGGACCGCGGGAUGGGCCGCACCCAGGAGAUCUCCGUGCGGAACUCGGGGCCCUGCCUCUGCCUGCCGCGCUUCAUGCGGCUGACCUUCGUGCCCGAGUCCUUGGAGAACCUGUACCAGACCUACUUCAAAAGGCAGCGCCACGAGACCCUGCUGGUGCUGGUGGUCUUCGCGGCCCUCUUCGACUGCUACGUGGUGGUCAUGUGCGCCGUGGUCUUCUCCAGUGACAAGCUGGCGCCCCUCGUGGUGGCUGGGGUCGGGCUGGUGUUGGACGUCAUCCUCUUCGUGCUCUGCAAAAAGGGUCUGCUCCCGGACCGGGUCACCCGGAAAGUGGUGCCCUACCUGCUGUGGCUGCUGAUAACGGCCCAGGUCUUCUCCUACCUGGGCCUGAACUUCACCGGUGCCCCCGCGGCCAGCGACACGGUGGGCUGGCAGGCCUUCUUUGUCUUCUCCUUCUUCAUCACGCUGCCCCUCAGCCUCAGCCCCAUUGUCGUCAUCUCUGUGGUCUCCUGUGUCCUGCACACACUCAUUUUGGGGGUCACCGUGGCCCAGCAGCAGCACUAUGGGCUGAAGGGGACGCAAUUGCUGAGAGAGAUCCUGGCCAAUGUCUUCCUCUACCUGUGCGCCAUCAUCGUGGGCAUCAUGUCCUACUACAUGGCAGACCGCAAGCACCGCAAGGCCUUCCUGGAGGCCCACCAGUCGCUGGAGGUGAAGAUGAACCUGGAAGAGCAGAGCCAGCAGCAGGAGAACCUUAUGCUUUCCAUCCUGCCCAAGCACGUGGCUGACGAGAUGCUGAAGGACAUGAAGAAGGAUGAGAGCCAGAAGGACCAGCAGCAGUUCAACACCAUGUACAUGUACCGCCACGAGAAUGUCAGCAUCCUCUUCGCGGACAUCGUGGGCUUCACCCAGCUGUCUUCGACCUGCAGCGCCCAGGAGCUCGUGAAGCUACUCAACGAGCUCUUCGCCCGCUUUGACAAGCUGGCAGCCAAAUACCACCAGCUGCGGAUUAAGAUCCUGGGCGACUGCUACUACUGCAUCUGCGGCCUGCCCGACUACCGGGAGGACCACGCUGUCUGCUCCAUCCUCAUGGGGCUCGCCAUGGUGGAGGCCAUCUCGUAUGUGCGGGAGAAGACGAAGACCGGGGUGGACAUGCGUGUGGGUGUGCACACAGGCACUGUGCUGGGGGGCGUCCUGGGCCAGAAGCGUUGGCAGUAUGACGUGUGGUCUACUGAUGUCACUGUGGCCAACAAGAUGGAGGCUGGUGGCAUCCCCGGGCGCGUGCACAUCUCCCAGAGCACCAUGGACUGCCUGAAAGGAGAGUUCGACGUGGAGCCUGGCGACGGCGGCAGCCGCUGCGAUUACCUAGAGGAGAAGGGCAUCGAGACCUACCUCGUCAUCGCGUCCAAGCCAGAGGUGAAGAAAACUGCCACCCAAAACGGCCUCAACGGCUCGGCCCUGCCGAACGGAGCGCCACCUUCCUCGAAGCCCAGCUCCCCCGCCCUCAUCGAGACCAAGGAGCCCGAUGGCAGUGUCCACAUCAGCGGCUCCGCGUCGGAGGGGCCCGAGGAGCAAGAGGCCCAGGCCGGCAACCCCUCGUUCCCCAACCCGCGCCGGAGGCUGCGCCUUCAGGACCUGGCCGACCGCGUGGUGGACGCCUCCGAGGAUGAGCACGAGCUCAACCAGCUCCUCAACGAGGCCCUGCUCGAGCGGGAGUCCGCCCAGGUAGUGAAGAAGAGAAACACCUUCCUCCUCUCCAUGCGCUUCAUGGACCCCGAGAUGGAAACCCGCUACUCGGUGGAGAAGGAAAAGCAGAGCGGGGCCGCCUUCAGCUGCUCCUGCGUGGUCCUGCUCUGUGCAGCCCUGGUGGAGAUACUCAUCGACCCCUGGCUGAUGACAAACUAUGUGACCUUUGUGGUGGGGGAGCUUCUGCUUCUGGUCUUGACGAUCUGCUCCCUGGCUGCCAUCUUUCCCCAGGCCUUUCCUAAGAAGCUUGUGGCCUUCUCAACUUGGAUUGACCGGACACGCUGGGCCAGGAACACCUGGGCCAUGUUAGCCAUCUUCAUUCUGGUUAUGGCAAAUGUUGUGGACAUGCUGAGCUGCCUCCAGUACUACAUGGGACCCAACAACGGCACGGCAGGGACGGAGACGGAGGACGGCUGCAUGGAGAACCCCAAGUAUUACAACUAUGUCGCUGUGCUGUCCCUCAUCGCCACCAUCAUGCUAGUGCAGGUCAGCCACAUGGUCAAGCUCACACUCAUGCUGCUCGUCACGGGCGCGGUGGCCAUCAUCAACAUCUACGCCUGGCGCCCCAUCUUUGAUGAAUAUGACCGCAGACGUUUCCAGGAACAUGACUUUCCUAUGGUCGCCUUAGAGAAGAUGCAGAUCCUCUCCACCCCUGGGUUCAAUGGCACCGACAGUCUGCUGCCCCUGGUGCCUUCUAAGUACUCAAUGACAGCGAUGAUCUUCAUCAUGAUGCUGAGCUUCUACUACUUCUCCCGCCACGUGGAAAAACUGGCGCGGACACUGUUCCUGUGGAAAAUUGAGGUCCAUGACCAGAAGGAACGUGUCUAUGAGAUGCGACGCUGGAACGAGGCCUUGGUCGCCAACAUGUUGCCAGAACAUGUGGCACGCCAUUUCCUGGGGUCCAAGAAGAGAGAUGAGGAGCUAUACAGCCAGUCUUACGAUGAAAUCGGAGUCAUGUUUGCCUCCCUGCCCAACUUUGCUGACUUCUACACAGAGGAGAGCAUCAAUAAUGGCGGCAUAGAGUGUCUGCGCUUCCUCAAUGAGAUCAUCUCAGAUUUUGACUCUCUUCUAGAUAAUCCAAAAUUCCGGGUCAUCACCAAGAUCAAAACCAUUGGCAGUACCUAUAUGGCAGCUUCAGGAGUCACCCCAGAUGUCAACACCAAUGGCUUCACCAGCUCCAGCAAGGAGGAGAAGUCAGACAAGGAGCGCUGGCAGCACCUGGCCGAUCUGGCUGACUUUGCAUUAGCCAUGAAGGAUACGCUUACAAACAUCAACAACCAGUCCUUCAACAACUUCAUGCUGCGCAUAGGCAUGAAUAAAGGAGGGGUCCUGGCUGGAGUCAUCGGAGCCCGAAAACCACACUAUGACAUCUGGGGCAAUACAGUCAACGUCGCCAGCAGGAUGGAGUCCACAGGGGUCAUGGGGAACAUCCAGGUGGUAGAAGAAACACAAGCCAUCCUUCGAGAGUACGGCUUCCGCUUCGUGAGGCGAGGGCGCAUCUUUGUGAAGGGGAAGGGGGAACUGCUGACCUUUUUCUUGAAGGGGCGUGACAAGCCAGCCGCUCUCCCUAACGGCUCCUCUGUGACACUACCCCACCAGGUGGUAGACAGCUCCUGAAUGGCAUCUAGCCUGCCAUAGUCCAAAUGGGAAGGGAGAAUGUAUGUUUUGGAAUCAAGGGCCUUGGGAAAGGACAAAUGACAAAGUCCCAACAUUCCCAAACUGUUGAAGUGCACACUCAGAGACAUUAGAUUUAAAAAUAUCCUCAAGCCUUCAUUUGUUCGUGGACAGCGAGCUCCGAGUGUAGCUGUGCUGCUACUCGGUGUGUGCCUGCAGCUUCCCCAAGAGCAAGGGUCUUACGCGUAGUACUAGCAGUGCUUCCAGAGCCCUAGUUCCGACAGCCCUCCUCCCUGCAGAGAGGCCAUGGCCACUGUGAGCAGGACCGUACCAGAGUGGAACAAACUUGCCUUUGCCGCUUGGGGACACAGAUGGGACCGCCGAGCUGGCGAACACCUAUUCCCAGCUGCUGCUUGAAAGCAGCGCUUUCCCUUCUGAAGAGGGCAUGAGCUGGAGGCCGGCUUGUCUCCGUGUGGUCCAAGUCAGGUGGAAGGGCCCUUGUCCUGAUAAUCUUGAAAGGUUCUUCUGGAACCCCUGUCACCUUAGUCAUGAGAACAGGAAGUGCAAUAGUUCCUUUUACCUGGUGGGAGGGAGGGAAAAGGGAAUUUAUUUCUGAAAGAAAAAUAUAUCAACAGAUCUUCUACAUUUAUAUUUUUAACUUUCUGUUUAAAAAUACUUUCCGAUACUGCCUUGCCUUUUGAGCUCUUGCUAUAUUCACCUUUGCUACUGCUUUAAAAGAGAAUUUACAGGUAUUGAUAAAGAACAAGACUGUUUUAUUAAAAGCUUUCUUCAACUUGAA